GCCAUAUCACGCCCACAGCUAACGCCCCUCACGUGAGACUUUUGGAGUGACAGACAAGUUACAAGAAUUGGUCUGGUAUGGUUUCUCAACUCCCACUCUCACCUAACAUUUCAGUUCACCUUCCUCCAGUAUCAUCAAAAACCAAACCUCAAACCCCAAUCCUUAAAAACAUCGAACAGUAUCAUUAAUCCCACGUCCAAUUCCCUUCCAAUGGACAAUUCAACCCAAGAUUCUCACCUGCGAUCGGAAAACUCCGUCACCUAUGAAUCGCCAUACCCAAUUUACGCCAUGGCUUUCUCACCCUCCCACCCCCACCGUCUCGCCCUCGGAAGCUUCAUUGAAGAAUACACCAACCGCGUUCACAUCCUCUCCUUCCACCCUGAAACCCUCUCCCUCUCCCCACACCCUUCCCUCUCCUUCGAUCACCCUUACCCUCCAACCAAGCUAAUGUUCCAUCCCCGCAAACCUUCCCCCUCUUCCUCCUCCGACCUCCUAGCCACCUCCGGCGACUACCUCCGCCUCUGGGACGUCCGCGAAAACUCCGUCGAGCCCCUCUCCCUCUUCAACAACAGCAAGACCAGCGAGUUCUGCGCGCCCCUCACCUCCUUCGACUGGAACGACAUCGAUCACAACCGCAUCGGCACCUCCAGCAUCGACACCACCUGCACCAUCUGGGACAUUGAGCGCACCGUCGUGGAGACGCAGCUCAUCGCCCACGACAAGGAGGUCUACGACAUCGCCUGGGGCGAGGCAAGAGUCUUCGCCUCCGUGUCCGCGGACGGCUCCGUACGAAUCUUCGAUUUGCGUGACAAAGAACACUCCACCAUCAUCUACGAAAGCCCCCACCCGGAUACCCCUUUGCUUCGUUUGGCUUGGAAUAAGCAGGAUCUCAGGUACAUGGCUACCAUCUUGAUGGAUAGUAAUAAAGUUGUGAUAUUGGAUAUUAGGUCCCCCACUACUCCUGUGGCGGAAUUAGAGAGGCAUCGUGGGAGUGUCAAUGCCAUUGCUUGGGCUCCUCAUAGCUCCACGCAUAUUUGUUCUGCUGGGGAUGAUACUCAGGCUCUUAUCUGGGAAUUGCCCACGCUCGCUGCUCCCACCGGGAUUGAUCCCAUGUGCAUGUAUUCUGCUGGCUGUGAAAUCAACCAGCUUCAAUGGUCCGCGGCUCAGCCUGAUUGGAUUGCUAUUGCUUUCGCCAACAAGGUGCAGCUUUUGAAGGUUUGAGGUGAGGUCACAAACAAACAUAGUUAACUUGGUUGUGUGAUAGAUAGGACUCUUUUGCCGGAUGCUGCUGCAACUUGUCGGUUCUCACUUGUUUUCUUUGGGGUUUUUAGCUUGUGGAUUACAGUAUGAGUGAGUAAGUGUAUACCAGUUAGCGCAAACUAGUUUGCCUCUUCCUCUCUUGGGCCAAAAUCGAUGUUUCACUUGUUGUUUUGUUGAAAAGAUGGAAAUCAUAGUUGUACAAUGUUCAGUGUAUGUAUUCCCAUUUGAUCGUUACUAAAUUCAAGCACCUUGCUCCUGCUACGAAUGGAUCUGUGAUUUUUAGCA